GUGGGAGUGAGUGAGGGUUUUAUUCUUUAACCCCAAUUCUCACAAAAUAGUAAAUAAAAAAUAACAAAAAUGGAGAAACUGAAAUCAAGAAUUCCAGAAACCCUAAUUCACUCAAUUUCACAAAGCAAUCCAAACACACUCCCAAACACUUGUUCAUCUCUCCAUGAUUUCCUCAAUCAAUUACCCCUUUUUCACCAAAUGAUUGAAGAUUUAGUUCACAAAGAAACAUCACUGUUUCUUAAAAACAAACAAUCUGCGUUAGAAUUUAAGCUUAAAGGAAACAAUUCCUUUACUAGUGGAGAUUACCCAAAUGCUUUGAGAUUUUACUCUCAGGCUUUACGAGUUGCUCCAACGGAUGUGGAGGAUAAGGGAAAAAACCUGGUGGCUACGUUAUACGUAAAUCGCGCAGCUGUAUUGCUGAAAAUGGGUCUUGUUAAGGAGUCUCUGCGGGAUUGUAAUCGCGCUCUUGCAGUAUGUAAAAGUUACUCAAAGGCAUGGUAUAGAAGGAGUAAGGCAAACACUUCUAUGGGAAAUUUUGAUGAUGCCGUUUGUGAUUUGAAAGUUUCACUAUGCACGGAGCUCUCUGUAAGUGGAAAGCGGCAGAUAGAAGGCGAACUUAAACUUAUCUUAGCUCAACAUCACCGGAAAGACUCCUCGCCGGAUGUACCUAUAUAUGACGAGUCUAACAUCCUUGAUCAGCUACCACAAAUCCAAUUGCAGUGUGUUUCUACAGAAUCAAAAGGGAGGGGCAUGGUGUCUUUGACAGACAUACCUCAAACUACUUUGCUUCAUAAAGAAGAACCACUUGCUGCGAUAGUAUCGAAGCAUUGUCGGGAGACUUAUUGCCAUUUUUGCUUUAUUGAACUACCAGCCGAUACCGUUCCAUGUCCAUCAUGUUCAAUGGCUUUAUAUUGUUCUAGACUCUGCCAGUUACAUGCUAGAGGAUAUGAUUCACACACGAAUAUGAAUAAUCAUGGAAAAAUUGGUGUUGAUCUGUCUCGUGAUCUUGAGAAGUAUGUUGCAAGUGUCACUAGAGAUACGGUUGAUGUUAUGCAUAACAAGCAAACUGUCGAACAUAAGCAUGAAUGUGGAGUAAAUUGGUCUGCCGCGUUACCAGCCGAAGUUGUUUUGGCUGGUAGAGUUAUAGGGAAGUUCAUAGAGGAGCAUAGGCAUAUUGGUGAAUCUUCCUCUAUUGUGAGUUUGGAGCUUUGUCACAAUUAUCUACAACUUGAUCCAGAAUCCAAACUGGAGCUGCACAUAUCUUCCAUCGUUCUUUUGAAGUGUCUUCACAAGUUUUAUGGCUCGGAUGUUUCAUUAAAAGGGGACACUAUUUCACAGUGCGUCUUACUUCUCUCACAACUGAAUGUGAACUCUAUGGCAAUUGUUCGUAUGAGAUCUGCUGAUACAGUUGGUCUACCAAGCUCAAUAGGGAAUCAUACAACUACUGCUGUUGAACAGGUCAGGGUUGGUCAAGCUAUUUAUUUAGGUGGAAGCUUGUUCAACCAUUCUUGUCAGCCGAACAUUCAUACAUAUUUCUUUUCUCGGACCCUAUAUAUACGAGCAAUAAAUUUUGUGACUGCUGGGCAUCCACUGGAGCUCUCUUAUGGGCCGCAGGUUGGCCAAUGGAGUUGUAACGAACGCAAGUCAUCUUUGAAAGAGCAAUAUGGCUUUGUAUGUUCGUGCACGAGCUGUUCACAAUUGAAUAUAUCUGACCUUUUCAUAAACUCUUUCCGGUGUGUAAAUCCAAAUUGCCCUGGUGUAAUCAUGUAUAGUUCCGUGGUCGAUUAUGAAAAUCAGAAAGUCAACCCUUUUCUUUGUGGUUCACAACGGCAGGUUGAUCGAUUUGAGCAUGAUGAGGUCAAAAGAGUGGCAAGCCUUUUGUGUCAAGACACUACCUCGGCUAAUUGUAUUAAACCUGGGGUUUGUUUGAGCUGUGGUACUUACCGUGACCUGGAAGCUUCAAAUGCAGUAGUAGAAAAGGCAGAGAUCAGUAUAAGAAGGUUGAUGGAUUCAUUAGCUUCUGCUCAAUUGCCUACAAACAUACUUUCGAGUGCUGUAAGAUCUUUAGAUCUUCUGAAAUCAGUGUUGCAUCCAUACAACAAGAAAGUUGCUGAGGUAGAGGAUUACUUAGCGCAGGCGUAUACUUCAAUUGGAGAACUAAAACAGGCACGUGACCGAUGUCAAGCAUCCAUCAAGAUACUAGAGAAGCUUUAUGGCCAUGACCACAUUGUCAUUGGAAACGAGUUAGUGAAACUAGCAUCAAUUCAACUGUCUUUGGGAAAAUCUGCUGCUGGAGAAACCAUAAAUCUGAUCAAUUUGAUAUUUUCACGGCACUAUGGCUCAGAUGUAGAGGUCAUGUUCCCUCAUCUACAAUUCCUAAAGUACGGCCUCUAAAGUUGUUCAGUUGGACACAUACAGAUAGUUUCUAGUAGAGAUCUUUAUGUUUUUCUUCUUUUGAAUGGCUAAAAGAGGGUUGCAAUCCAGAGGACUUCUAGUAGAGAACUUAGUAGGAAUGCCUGUAUUAUCUCUUGUUUCAUCUCGUGAGUAUAGAUUAAACGAUUCAGUUUUGGCUAUGUUAUACCACUUUGUCAAACGGGAAAAAAUAGCUUAUAUGAAAAUCAUUAGAAGGGGUUACAGAUUGCUUAUAUAUAAGUUUACAUUUUAUACAGGGAAAAGUUGAUUAUUAAUGUAAUUAUAAAUUUUUUGCAGUAAUUAACACUUCAAUUUUAUUAACACCAAGUUUAUGUAAUGGAUACAAAAAUAUUCGUUUAGAACUGCAUACAAUAAAAACUGUACUCGUUUUGAUC